AUGGCCUUCCAAGCCCUUGUAAGAUACGAUCACGAUGGACAAGUCUUUUACGGCAAUCUGGUGCGAAGAAGCAGAAGUGGCUAUGUUGUGGAGAGGUUGGGCGGGAACAUUGAUGAGGGGUUCGUCAAUACGAAUGUGAGGGAUACGGUAACGAAGCUCCCAAUCGCGGCCUAUCCGAUAGUUUUCACGAAGCCGCCAGAUGCUUUGGCGGGACCGAAUGAUCCAGUAUUCGUUCACCCGGACGCGCAGAGUCACUUGGAUUACGAGGGUGAGCUGUGCGUCAUCGUUGGAAGAGACGCGAAAAACGUGUCAGAAGACGAAGCGCUUGACUACGUUCUUGGUUAUUCUGCAGGCAACGACCUGACCGCACGAAAUUUUCAAGUUCCCGACGCUUCAGGAGGCCAAUAUUCCUACUGUAAAUCAUUUGACGGGUUUGCGCCAAUAGGACCGGCGAUCUGGUCGGCUACAGUGGUUCCAGAUCCGCACGCACUACGGUACCGCACGAUGGUCAAUGGCAAAGUCGUCCAAGAGACUGAAACCUCCGACAUGAUUUGGAGCGUGGCGCAGGUGAUUGUUCACCUUUCACGGGGAACGACAUUGAGGAAAGGGACCGUUAUUAUGAUGGGUACACCAGCUGGUGUUGGCUAUUUUCAGGGGAAGUUCUUGAAAGAUGGUGACGUGGUGGCCGUUGAAAUUGACGGACUAGGUAAGAUCGAAAACAAGGUUGUUUUUGAGAAAGAAACUCCCGAGGGAAUGGAAGAGUAG